AUGGCCAAGCUUGAAAAGUUGGCGUUCAUGUAUAUCAACCACAACCUUCUGGACACCGUGGACAAGUUCGAACACAUGAAGGCAUGUCUCGACGGAGGGGACGACGAGGAAGAAUAA